AUCGUUAUCGUCCGAUGCAAGGCUGGGAGUGGUUGUCGAUGUCGUUGUUGAUAUUUUAGUUUAGUUUACAAGUUUAUUAACAAUAUUGCUAUUGCUAAUUGCUGAAUAAGAUAGCAGCAGAUUUGUGAACAACUGCGUGAUGAAAUCCUGGCAGAUAGCUUUGCUGGCCGUGGCCGCCGUUUAUCUGUGUAGCCAAGUUGAUUUUGUACAGGGACUCGAAUGCUAUGUGUGCUCCAAUCAGACGGGCAACACGGAGAAGUGCCUCAACACCAUCAAGACCUGCGAGCCGGCUGAGAAUGUCUGCGGCACCGAGAUACGCUGGGGCAGUCAGCCAUAUUUCUCAGAAGGUGCACUCAAGCAAUAUUAUGUCUCCAAACGCUGCAUGACCAAGGAACAGUGUCAGUCGAAGCGACGUCGCUAUAUGCAACUGUAUUGCACCCACAUCUGGUACGAGGAUUGGGCAUGCAACGAGUGCUGCCAGGGCGAUAGAUGUAACUAUUUUGUGAUCAGCGGUGCGAAAACUCGGGAGAGCAACUUGCUGACGUUAUUAGCCACGCUGUUAGCAAUUGGCCUACUCAAAAGGCGUGGCAUAACGCCUUGAAACCAAACGACGAACCUCACUUCAGCUUUUUUUUAUAUCAAAACGCACAGAUCCCAUUCCAAGGAAGCUAAGUAAUUGUAUUUGUAAUUGUUUCACAUUUGUCCACUAGUUAGUAGUUACCACUAUGUGCCGUCCAUUUAUGUACAUUUGUGUAUGUAGUUGAAACCGUCCAAAGUGCCUUAAUAAGCAGCACGCUCUCUUUUUCUAUAUAUAUGGUUGGCUUUUGUUCAAGUUCUAGUUUUUAUGUCAAAUUUUGCAAGACUUUUCAACGCAGCUAUAUUUUUUAUUAUGUGGAUUAACUCGUAUCGCAAAACUGUAGAGAAAACUGAAAAUUAGUUAAAAUUUAAUGAAAAAUCUUGUAGGUAUUAAAUUCGUGCAAAAUUCUUGCAAUUUGACAUGAAAGCUAAAACAUUGAGUUCCGCAACGAGCCUAAUAGUUUUAGUAAAUCGACUCGAAUAAUUCAAACAUUCUCGAACAUUUUUUAAAUAUCCUUUUGGGUAUAGUAUCUUCUGAAUAACGAUAAACGUAAAAAGCUCAAUAAAGCAACAUUGGCGUUUUCUAUUAGCGCUAUAUUGUGCAAAUUUAA